AUGCGGUGUAUAUUCUUUCCAGAAGAGUACUGGCUCGGCAAGACCCUCGAGGUCUCGUCACCUCCCUCUGUUUGGAAACUCACCGAAAAGGUUAUGGAGAACUCUGAGAUCAGGUCCCGCCAGAGUAUGCAAGAGUUGGGCGGGCUGCCCCACGCCCGCGCUGAGUUCAAAUGCUGUAGUACAAGCAAUCCUGACCAGCAAGCUCUGAUUAUCAUCUAUCUCCAACUUCCUGCGGAAGAAUCUAUGUACCUGCCCCCUUCUAUGCGUCGCAAGGAAGCAACCGACAAAGAGGUAAGACAAUUCUACCAGUUAGUCGAAGCUUAUAAGUGUCUACAACUUCACGGCUGUGAUUUCACACCACAAUUUCUCGGUUCUUCUCACGGACGCCAAGAUGACGAUGGUCUCGUACCGGGCGGGUUUCUCUCAUAUGUCGUCUUCACCUCGGUCCCAGGUGACGUUCUGGGAACAGGAACCGUCGGCUGCGACUUUGGAGGCAGAUGUAGUCCUUGCGCGGUACUGAAUCUUUCUCAAAAGGACCAAAAGCGCUGCCGAGAAACGUCGAUUCCGGAUGGGAUGUUCUGGACAUUGAGUGCAGAGGAGCGAGCCGUGAUACGCCAACAGUUCGAAUCAGCUUUCACGUAA